GCUGUUUCAUAGCAAAGCAACAAAAAGAGGAGGGGAGAAAAAAAAAAACAGGUUACUCCGAGAAGAAGGUAGUUGUAUGGAUAGCGAUAACAAUGACGACCAGGAUUUAAUGUGUGCAUUGAUAUUUUCUAGAAUCAAAGUGCAUUUAUCGUUAUAAUGUGAAUACUAUGGCGCCGUGAGUGUUCUGCACAAGCUGAAGUCAUAGUAGUCUGUUACUUUGAGGGGGAAACUGUUAGCAGGCUAGCUUGCUAGCUCGCUAGCUAUCUGCGUCUCUAUGUUUGAGUGUCUUCCGGCAGCAGCAGUGGUGCCAUGAACAGUGGACUCCCAGCGUCAACUGCUUCGCUCGGGGGUGCCGGGAUACCCAAUGUCAAGGUGAAGUUUUGCAGAUAUUACGCGAAAGAUAAAACGUGCUUUUAUGGAGACGAGUGUCAGUUUCUGCAUGAGGAUCCGUCUAUGGCAAGCCUCCCGCUGCACGUUGGCGGCGGUAGCCCAGUCCCGUUGUCCAUGGCCGCGGGUGGCGGGACGCCAGCGGGGUAUUCCCUCGGUGGCUCNCCGGUCCCGUUGUCCAUGGCCGCGGGUGGCGGGACGCCAGCGGGGUAUUCCCUCGGUGGCUCCGCGGCUGCCUGCCCGGGCGGCGCGGGGACCGGUGCCUCUAAGAAGAGCGAAACAUUGGGCCCUGCAGGCACGUCCUUGGAGGGGCAGCUGUUAACCAUCCCAGGAAUGGAGAGUGCAACCAUGAGUGAUGCCAAUCUUACCAACUCUUACUUCAGCAGCAGUUUUAUUGGGGUCAAUGGGUUUGGAAGCCCAGCGGAGUCUAAAUACUCAAUGAUGCAGCGAAUGACUACCAGCAGCAGCUCUCCCAGUCUCCUCAACGAUGGUGCCAAGAACUUCAGCCACAGCAGUCAUGAUUCAGUGAACCCCUCAACAUCCUCACUGUUCAGUGAUUUUGGUGCUCUUAGCAUUUCCCAAAGGAGAAAGACUCCAAACCCGGCAGCAAGCGAGUUCAUCCCUAAAGGAGCUCCACGUAUGGCCACUAUGGCUCAGUCCACUGUCCAGGCCUUCCCCUCACCUCUCUUCCCACAUCCUGGUCUUAGCAGCUCUACAGCUGCUGCACUGGCUCCAGGCAUGUCUUUGUCUGCGGGGUCUUCUCCUCUUCACUCCCCAAAAAUUACACCGCACACCUCACCCGCUCCUCGUCGGCGCAGUCACACCCCAAACCCUGCUAACUACAUGGUGCCCACUACUGCAUCUGACCAGGGCACACACAUCAUCCAGAAAGAGACUGUAGGAGGGACCACCUACUUCUACACAGACAACACCCCAGCACCCAUGGCUGGGAUGGUGUUUCCUACCUACCACAUCUAUCCCCCCAUUGCGCCCCAUGUGGCAUACAUGCAACCAAAAGCUAAUGCUCCGUCCUUCUUCAUGGCUGAUGAGCUCCGACAGGAGUUGAUAAACAGACAUUUGAUAACCAUGGCCCAGAUUGAUCACUCAGAGAACCCAGAUGUACCAUCUGAGGUGGAUAGUUACCACAGCUUAUUCCCCCUUGAGCCUCUUCCCCCACCAAACCGCAUGCAGAAGACCAGCAACUUCAGCUACAUCACCUCCUGCUACAAGGCCGUCAACAGCAAGGAUGACCUGCCCUACUGCCUAAGGAGGAUACAUGGUUUCCGCCUUGUUAACACAAAGUGCAUGAUGUUGGUGGACAUGUGGAAGAAGAUCCAGCACUCAAACUCUGUAACACUGAGGGAGGUCUUUACCACCAAGGCCUUUGGAGACCACUCAUUGGUGUUCUCUUAUGACUUCUAUGCGGGUGCAGAAACCAUGUUCCGCAGGCAUUUCAAUAACCCCGCAGCAGACUCGUACUUCACCAAGAGGAAAUGGGGACAACAUGAGCCCCCCCCGCCACGGCAGCAUGCAGGUCUGCUUCCUGAGUCUCUUAUCUGGGCCUAUAUUGUCCAGCUCAGCUCGGCCCUGCGCACCAUUCACACUGCCGGCCUGGCCUGUCGUGUUAUGGACCCCAGCAAGAUUCUCAUUACUGGAAAGACCAGGUUACGGUUGAACUGUGUCGGAGUGUUUGAUGUCUUAACAUUUGACAACAGUCAGAAUAAUCAUCUUGCUCUAAUGCCACAGUAUCAGCAAGCAGACCUAGUGUCGCUGGGAAAGGUGGUGCUGGCAUUGGCGUGCAACUCCAUGGCUGGCAUUCAAAGAGAAAACCUUCAGAAGGCCAUGGAGCUGGUGUCUAUCAACUACUCUUCUGACCUGAAGAACCUCAUUCUGUAUCUGCUGACCGAACAGUCUCGCCUACGCAGUGUCAAUGACAUAAUGCCAAUGAUUGGAGCCCGGUUCUACACACAACUGGAUGCAGCGCAGAUGAGGAAUGAUGUCAUUGAAGAGGACCUUGCCAAGGAGGUGCAAAACGGCCGUCUGUUCAGGCUGUUGGCCAAGCUGGGAACCAUCAACGAGCGGCCAGAAUUUCAGAAGGACCCAACAUGGUCAGAGACAGGUGACCGCUACCUGUUGAAGCUUUUUCGAGAUCACCUGUUUCACCAAGUAACAGAAGCUGGGACACCUUGGAUUGACCUCAGCCACAUUGUCUCCUGCCUCAACAAACUGGACGCAGGCGUUCCUGAGAAGAUUAGCCUGGUGUCUCGGGAUGAGAAAAGUGUCCUGGUUGUGACCUACUCGGACCUGAAGCGCUGUUUUGACAGUACCUUCCAAGAGCUGCAGGCUGCUGCCUCCGGCUCUCUGUAGCGCCCUCUUCAGGCUCGGGGUGGGCCCGGAUCUUGAGAAUAUUAUUGCACUACAGCGAAGGACCAGGCUCAUGGAGAUGACAUCAGCAUGGUGAAGACAUUGGGGCAGGGCUUUCGUGAACUUCAGUCACAUACACUGACCCUGUCCACCAGGAAGGCUUUUUCUAAAGUUUUUUUUUUCUGCCAUUUUUUAAGUUUUCCUAAAUCCCACAGCUGAAAAUCGAAAAACAAAAGGGGGGGGGAGACAAAUAUGGACGUAUAUGACGACUUUUUUGUUGUUUGUUUUUGUUUUUAGAUUUGGGGAACAAAAUGGGAUAAACACCUUGAGGUUUUUAACCUUUUUCCGGCUUUUAUUGUUUAUUUCUACAGCAGGGGUUUAUUUUUCUGAGGACGAUGCACUAAGAUAAACAUUUUUUUCUUAAUUUGAAUUAUUUUUAUGAAUAUGUGUGAGUGGCCUACAGGGUGUACAGAGAGUGCUAAAAUCACACAGAGACAAACACCAGAGCAGACUCGGAAAAAACAAUAAAAAAAAGGAAUUCAGCACUGUUGACUGCAUCUCUUUCAGCUGGAGAUCACACCCUCUCAUCCUGACGCACUAGGAAAUGGGACACAACACCCAAGGGUUUCGUUGGGGCAGAGUAGCACCUGUUUAAUGAAACGGGUCUGCCAACAUUUGCCUUGGUUGUUGAUUCCCUCUCAGAAAGGACAGACCACUUGGGUGGGUGGCAAGGGUUAAAACUGGAAAAUUUGAUUUGGAUUUCUUAACACUGUAGUUCAGGAGACUGGGGGACUUUGGGCUCAUAUGUGUGGUGGGUUGGCUGGCUAGUGUGGACUGGGAUGUGGGGGUUAAAAUUUGGUUUCUGUUGGCACUGAAUAAGGAGUAUCUUUUCCUCCACCAGGUGUUUGUUACAUAUGCAGAAACCACCUCUGGUUAACAGAUGGGGUGACAUGAACUGCUCGAGGAUGGUUGAUUUUAGUUCAGCUUUCCAGCACUUGCCCGUAGCCCGUGGGUGGGGCUUCUGUUGAAGUGGAGCCACAGCUGCCUCUUUGUAAAAUGUUCUUAUUUUGUCCCCAACUUGUCCUCCUGCCACCACUGUCCCCUUUCUCUUUCUCUCUGUUACUCUAGCCUUCUCUUCUUCCCAUUAUUUCAGACUCUGCCUCUCUUCAGGGGCCUUGGCCCCUCCACAUUUGAGAAAAAGUGAUGUUUUUUGUGAUUUUUCUAGCUGUUUUUGCUCUUUGCUGAACUACUGUCAGGAAUGCAUGAUGGGAAGUGAAAGAACUAUUACUUUUUGCCUCAUUUCAAGUCUUUAUUAUUCUGUGGACCAAUUCCAGCAGGGGAGAGGGGAAGAGAUGGUGGGCCGGGGAGAGUAGAAACAGGGCAGCAACAGUUUUUGUUUUAUUCGACCAUGAAAUACAGAUGUGCUGGAGCCAAAGCAGCGGUGCCAGCUGUUGCACUCAUUGGGAUGGCUUGGAUUUCUCUCAGGAUGAUGAACAGCUGGAGGGACCCAAUGACUGAAUGUGUUUGGCUGUCAUUGGCCACCCCCUUGUUCAGUCAGAUAGAUGAGCUACAGUGGAGUGGGUGGGAUGGCUUCAGAUAGAGAUUUUAGAGUGUUAAUGGUGUUGUGGAGACCAUGCUGUGAGGGAUGUCAUGUUGCCCUUAGGCACAGUUCAGUAUUGUGCUGAGAAUUUGAAUCAUUUUGUCAAACCACCGUUGUUGCUUCUGCUGAUUUCAUCUUGUUCUCAGUAGUUUCGGUUGAAUGUGUAUGAUUGUGGUCUGAAGAACGACAGGGUCACAUUACCAUAGACUGUCAGAUAUGAGAUUAAUCAAGGUGAACAGUGUAAUGCCUGGGUCAGACUACACGAUUUAUAUUUGUCUGAUAGGAUGGUCACUAUGUCAGAUUACAUGAUUAUAGUCAUAAAUUCUUAGAUAAUGGAUAUGACAGACUACACGCUGGUACCCGACAGAUCACAGCCUGAUGUUGUUCACGGCACUUGCUGGGACCUGGAGGAGAGUGUGUGAUACAGGCUGCUUGUGUUCAACUGUGGGUUGUAUGAAGAGCGCUGUGUUGUCUCUCCUUCGCAGAGAACUUGAAGCAGCAGUUAAAAAUGAGUGUUUUAAGUACAGGAAUUAAAACCAAAAACUAGCUAGCCAGUGCUGAUAAUGUAGCUAAUUCACAAGGCUGACUGUGAAAGUCACUGUGCCAACAUUAUGUGUAACACUGUGAUAUUUAA